AUGUCCGCAUCGAUCACACAGAUCGAGUCCAAGGCGCAAUUUGACAGUCUCAUCAAAGAGACUGCCAUUGUCGUCUGUGACUUCUACGCUGACUGGUGCGGCCCUUGCAAGGCCAUCGCGCCGUUCUUCCAGAAACUCUCCGAGACCGCCGCCGGCGUCCCCAGCGUCCGCUUCAUCAAGGUCGACACCGAAGCCAACCGCGACAUCGCCGCUACCUAUUCCGUCACCGCCCUCCCAACAUUCAUCGUCUUCCAGAACGGCAAGGUUCUCGAAAGGAUCCAGGGUGCCGACCCGCGUAAGCUACAACAAGUCGUGGUUAGGCUAGCGGGCCAUCUGCUAUCUGGCAAUAGCGACGGCGCCUCAGCAUCCGGCAGCGGCAGCGGCAGCGGCAACGGUAACGCCGGCGGGGCUAACGGCUCAUGGAGGGGCGCCGAGCUUCCCCGCGGAUAUACGGAUAUCACGAGCCAGAUCGAGCCCAAGGGUUACGAGCUACUCAAUGCGGACGACAAUUCGGGUCCUGUCAAGGUGCUCUUCGACGGUGCCAAGCCCAGCGCGUUAGGCGAGAAGAAGAACGAAGACGCAAAAGACAAAGACUGGGUCGAGAGCGGUCAAGAUGACCAGCUCCUACUCUUCAUGCCUUUCCAGUCUAUGGUGAAGCUGCACACACUUCAGCUCACCUCGCUGCCGCCCAAAGACGACGACGACGACGCACCCAUGCGUCCCGGCAAGAUCCACCUGUAUACCAACAAGCCGCAUAACCUGGACUUCAGCGAAGCCGACGACACGCCGCCGACGCAAGCCAUCGAGUUGACAGAAAAGGACUGGAACGCGGACGGCACGGCCAACAUCGGGCUCCGCUUCGUCAAAUUCCAGAACAUCACGAGUCUCAUCAUCUACGUGGUCAGUGGCGAAGGCGAGGGCGACAAGGUCCGGCUCGACCGCGUGCGGCUGGUGGGAGACUCGGGCGAGAAGAGGGAGAUGGGCAAACUCGAAAAAAUCGGCGACGAGCCUGGCGAAUAG